AUGAACCCGCAAAAAUCUCCGCCUGCGACCAAAGUUGGUCUUGUUAGUUCCCAGCCCGAUAAUGCAAAAUGCGAUACCGAGGUUACACAGCAACGUAAUAUUACCCUCCAAAGAUCAAAAAGAAAACAACCAGAAGAAGCAAUGAAAUUCGAAUUAAAUGAUUUUAGGAAAGAGAUAAUGUCCUUUCUUACUGAAUUCAAAACUUCGCAAGAGGAGAAUAUUAAAAAAAUACAUGAUGAAGUAUCGUCAUUAAAGGAACAACUAAGUAAUCUAAAACAAAUUUCAGAUAUUCUUUCUCAGGAUCAAGUAACUAUUAAGGAUACUUUAACUUCUAUACACUCAGCUCAACAGGCUAUGGCAAACACAAUUACCGAAAUGCAAGCCUCCUUGGAAUUCUCAACCAAGCGCAUCGAUACCCCACAGGAACGUGCAAAUUGUUCAGAAGAAAAACUUAAGAUUCAGUGUCGUGAAAUUACCAAAAUGCAAGUGAUAUUAGACAGGCUUUCCUUCAAAACCCAAAAACAAGAGCAGUGUUAA